UUAUAUUUGAAAAAUUAUUUAUUAUUAUCAAUACUAGGUUAUAGGCAACGUCGCACAUAAAAAAUGAAAGUAUAAUUAAUGAACAAGUUUACCUUUGGACUGGGAGGGCAAGCUAGGCAAUAAGCCUGUUGCAUCUCUAAGUUGUCAUGCCACCAAGUCAACUGUCUGCUUCGACAGCCACAUCAGUCAGGUAAAACAUAACUUCCUGCCCAUCAAUCUACAUUUCGUUAAAUUCAAAACACCAAGAGGUUGCUGAUAUUCAAGCUAACAUGUAUUCCAACAUAUUGAAAUUGAUUGCACAGAACAAGGUCUCACCGCGAGUUGUUCUAACAACGAAUAAUGUCCUCGCAAAACGUACUCCCGUUUUCCCCGUUUAUUCAAAAGAAUACUCAUCAAAUCAACUCAAAGAUUUGGCGAAACAGCCGGUCCCAAAGUUGGCAGAUACAUUGGAAAGGUUCCUUGACACAUGUAAACCACUACUGACACCGCAGGAGCUGAAGGAGACCGCUAAACACGCGCAGAACUUUGCUAUCCAGGAUGGACAGGCAUGUAAAAUGCAGUGUUUACUUCUGGAGAGAGCGAAGAAAUGCGAAAAUUGGCUUGCUGAUUGGUGGCUCCAGGCUGCUUACCUAGACUAUAGAAACUCGGUGAUUGGAUGGUCCAGUCCCGGUACGCCAUUCGCUUAUCAAAAGUUUAAAUGUGAUGAGGAAUGGAUAAAAUAUUCCGCGAAUGUUGUUCUCGGUGCUUUGGCAUUCAAGAAAAAGAUUGACAAUGGUGAAAUCAAGCAAGAAAUGAUGGGUAAAAUGCCUUUAGACAUGCAGCAAUAUCAUAAAGUAUUGGGAACAUGCCGAAUUCCCGGCGAGAAGAGCGAUUGUCUUCAAUACAACACCGAUAGCAAACAUAUUGUUGUCGUGUGCAAUAAUCAUUUCUACAAAAUUGAUGUCUACGACGAUUGUAAAUGCCCAAUCAGUCAAAAACAAUUGAUUGAACAACUCACAUCCAUCGUUAAGUAUUCCACGGAACCUGCACCAGGAGUUGGUAUUUUGUCAGGCACACAUAGAGAUACCUGGGGUAAAAAUUACAAAGCUUUGUUUGCUGCUGCACAGUGCAACGAGGCGUGCAUUCGUUACAUUCAGAGAUCGCUGUUUUUACUCUGCCUGGAUACUCCGAUAAAAGAGUUGGGGGAUGAGAACAAACUCACUAUUAGUGGUAUGCAAACAAUCCAUGGUGGUGGCAGCAAGUAUAAUUCUUGCAAUAGAUGGUUUGAUAAAUGCAUUCAGUUUGUUGUAAGUUCCGAUGGUCAUAAUGGAAUUACUUAUGAACAUUCACCAGCUGAAGGUGGUCCUGUCACCACCAUGGGUGAUUUUAUCCAAGAUUAUAUCGCAAAUUCUGAAGGCGACAAAACAAAAGACGCAGCCUUAAAAGAUCCGGUACCGCGUACACUCGUCUUCAAAUUAAAUGAGCAACUUUGCAAGAGCAUCGACAAAGCAAAGGAGGAAGUCGAUAAAUUCAUCGCAGAUUUCGACGUCAAAGUGUAUAAAUUCGAUGAAUAUGGAAAAGAAUUCAUCAAGGCGCAGAAACUCAGUCCAGACAGUUACAUUCAGGUGGCUUUCCAGUUGGCAUAUUAUAGGUUGCAUAACGAACCUGCACCAACCUAUGAAUCAGCAGCUAUGCGCCAUUUUAUUCACGGCAGAACAGAAACUAUUCGUUCCUGCACAUGCGCAGCUGUUGCCUUCGCGGAAGCUAUGUGUGAUGAAGCUUCCGACGAUGCGACCAGAGUUCAGAAAUUGAAACUCGCUGUCAACGCACACAAAGAUUACGUGAAAGCCGUUUUGGCCGGUAAUGGCGUCGAUCGACACUUGCUGGGAUUGAAACUGCAAGCACUCGAAAAGAACAUCAAACCGCAUGAGUUUUUCAAAAGUGUUGGAUAUGUCCGCUCGUCUAGUUUCAAGUUGUCUACCAGUCAAGUACCGACAAAACACGAAGGUUUCAUGGGUUACGGCCCAUCCGAUCCGGAUGGUUACGGCAUUUGCUAUAAUCCACGCCCGGAUGAUAUAAUUAUGUCAGUCGCUUCUUUUAAAUGCUCUAAAAUUGCCUCCACUGAAGAUAUGGUCAAAAGUCUGAAAGACGCGUUCGUCGACAUGCAAGACUUGCUUUGCAAGACCAACAAAUCAAAAUUGUAACGCUGCUGAGCAAGUCGUUUAUACUUUUAUCAUGACUAAAUUUUAUGCAACACAAUUGUAACAAAGAAUGCAAUAAAAUUGUUAUAUAAAA